AGGAUUCCAGGUAGCUAAUUCCGAGGCAAACCACGUCCCCUCAUUCAACAUGUUGUCAUCCGCCAUCGUAUCUUUCCCUUGAUGCCUUUCAUAGUUGCAACUUGCAAUGCCUUCAAUGCUUCUACGUUUCUUCCGUGUACUUUCCUAUGCAAAUCCACGCGAUUUACGCGUUUCAUCACUCUUUAUCUUUACCUUCCCCUCGUACAGAUAAAUGCUUCGUACUCCACCUCAUCAACAAGAAGCAGCGCCCUGUCAUUACAGUUCAUCUUUUAUUGUUCUUUCUGUCUAAGUUCAAAGCCAAUUCCAUGGCAUCUUCUUCUUCUGCUCGUUUUAACAUUGAGCUUGAACGAGAGAAUGAAAAUACAAAUGCAUAUAAAGAAAUUGUUUUAUCUCCAUCUGCUCCAGAUGCUUUUGAACAAGUUGCAGCAUCUACUUCUGCUAGAUCUACAAUGGCAGAGAGAAAGCUGUCAUACGAUGUGUUUAUUAAUCAUCGUGGCCCUGAUGUCAAACGCACACUCGCAGCCACUCUCUAUAAGACCCUCACUAGUAUGGGAUUGAGGGUUUUUCUUGAUAAAGAAGAGCUUGAAUUGGGGGAUUUCUUGCCCACACGAAUAAAAGAGGCAAUGUGCAGUGCUUCUCUUCAUAUAGCUAUAUUUUCCCAGAAUUAUGCAGAAUCCCCAUGGUGUUUGGCAGAACUUUCAUUUAUGCUCAAAACGGGCACUUCAAUUGUUCCUGUUUUCUAUCAUGUUGAGGCUGAUGUUGUCCGAUAUGCAAAAGGAUUUUAUGCUGAAGCAUUUUCCCGGCAUACAGAAAAGGGUAGAUACACCUUAGAAAAGCUUGAGGAAUGGAAGAAUGCGCUCUACAAUGUUUCAUAUUAUAUCGGUGGCAUCCUUCAUAAUGAAGAGUGAGUACCAAAUACCCUGUCUCCAGCACUUAUCCAUUUUUAUCAAUUAUCUUCUGUAUUGGUUGCAUGUUUUUAUUUCUUUCUUUCUCGUUACACAUGUUAAGUGACGUCUCUUCUAUUUUGUUAUCAUUGUAUAUUUGUAGAGGUGAGGAGAACGUGCUCAAAAAUAUUGUUAAUCGCGUUUUGGAAGAAAUUAAAAAAGUGCCACUUGUGGUUGCCAAGCAUCCAGUUGGUCUAGAUGAAGUUGUCAAAGACUUUGAAAGCAGAACACUUCAAUCUCCAGAAAGCCAUCUCACUGUGCAAAUUGUGGGAAUAUGGGGCAUGGGUGGUUCUGGCAAAACCACUCUUGCCAAACAGCUGUAUAAUGAUAGAUAUACAAUUAUGGAUAGAUCUAGGUUUUUUAUUAGAUAUUAGAGAUGCUGCUUUUAGAAAUAAAUUGCAUAAGAAACAGAGAAAGCUUCUAGAGGAUCUUGGUCUUCGAGGAGUAUCAAUUGACAAUGUAGAAGAAGGGAAGGGGAUUCUUGCUAGCCGUUUGCGAUCUAUUCGAGUGCUCAUCAUUCUGGAUGAUGUGGAUGAUGUAGAGCAAUUGGAUGCUCUAGUGCCUGAGAAGGACAAUCUUGGAUGGGGUAGUUUAAUUGUAGUUACUUCAAGAGAGCUUGAUGUCCUUCGAUGUUGGGGCAUCUCAUCCAUCUAUAAAAUGAAUGCAUUGGAUCCAUUUCAUGCCAAACAACUCUUUUGUUGGCAUGCUUUCUUGCAGCCUUCUCCACGCCAAGCAUUUGAAGAUUUGGUUGAAAAAUUCUUGAAUGUUUGUCAUGGAUUACCAUUGUCUCUGAAAAUUUUUGGAGCACAAUUAUAUGGUAUCUCCGACAAGGAUUAUUGGGAAGUUCAAUUGAACAAGAUUUCUAGAAUUUUGCCCAAGGAUAUCAAAGAGAGAUUAAAAGUCAGCUACGAUGCUUUAGAUGAUGAGGAGAAGCAGAUAUUCUUAGAUACUGCUUGUUUCUUUAUUGGAGAGGAAAGAACUAUAGCCAUUGCAGCUUGGGACGGAUCAGGAUGGAAUGGUCAGCACAGUUGGGAACGGCUUUUCAAUAAAUGUCUUGUUGAACUCAAUGAUGAGGUAUCCAAUGAUAAUGCGUUCUUUGAUAGAUUCUUUUGUAACCGAAUAAGAAUGCAUGACCACUUGAGAGAUUUGGGAAGAGAAAUUGCAAAUAAUCAGUCACCUUACCGUCUCUGGUCUCCUCAACAGAGAAUUAAUGUUGAUAAUAGGGUACAGGGAAUUGUCCUUCGUGGAAUCAUGGCCACACUACCUGAAUUCAUAAGCGAUUUUGAAUCCAUAAGCCAGUUUGAGCAGUUUGGUCGAUGUUCCCAGGGUGGAGAGUUAAUAGUUAACACAAGCAUUGGAUCUUGUAGACUGGCGCCCUCUUCACUUGGAUUAAAACUUUUGCAGGUAAUUGGAAAUAAUAACAAUCAAGUAAUUGGUGAUCUAUCAAGAGAGCUAGUAUGGCUUCGCUGGUUUGGCAUUGAACAGAGAAAUCCUCUGUCAUUGUGUUCACUGAAAAAUUUAAGGGUUUUAGAACUCCAUGGAAAAUGGGAUGUGGAACAUCCCUUAGAAGAACUAUGGGACACUGACAGCGAUGCUCCUGUGCAGUUAAGAGUGUUGUUAAUUUCUAGAUGCCCAGAGUUCCGAAGAUUUCUGAAGUCAAUUGGAUGUCUCAGACAUUUGAAAGAGAUAAUUGUUGGUGACUCUAGCAAGGUGAGGAGCCUGCCGAAAGAAUUUUGUCUUCUUCAAUCACUGGAGCACCUGAAUUUAAGUGGGUGUCCAGAGCUAUCAUCACUGCCCAGCAAUUUUGGUGAUUUAGGAAAUCUGAGGCACCUUGAUUUGUCCUGUUGUGCUAAAUUGAGGAGGCUACCGGUCUCUUUUAAGAAGCUUAGGCUCCUGCAACACCUCGACUUGGAUAGAUGUUCUGAACUCGCCUUAGAGUCGGACAUUCUGAAAAACAUGACAAAGCUAGAGUAUUUGGACCUUUCUGAUUUGAGACAAUUGGAAGAGUUGCCUCUUCACAUCACAAACCAGGCCUCCUUGAGAGAGCUCUAUUUAAUGAAUCCAGAGACAUUCAGGCUGUUACCAGUGAACAUUGGUCAACUGAGCAAGUUGCGAAAGAUGGAGAUGAUGGGUGAGUUGUUGACAAGCCUGCCGACAUCUAUUGGAGAUUUGUCUUCCUUAACUUCUCUUCAAAUUUAUCGCUGUCUCAAGUUGGAAUGUUUACCUGACUCCGUGGGGCGUCUUAAUUCCUUAGAGCAUUUAGAGAUAUGGAGUUCAGGAGUGAAAUCCUUACCAAAAUCGAUCAGGCAACUGACGAAUCUUCGAACAUUGAUAAUAAAGCAAUGCGCAAUUUGUGAAUUGAAUCUUGGGGCAGAGUUGGGCAACCUUAAGCGGAUAGAGCUUAGUUAUAAUGACCAUCUAACAGAGAUAGAAGUCCAUCCAACUAGAGUCGAAGACAUAGAAUUGAAAGAAUGUAAAAUACUGAGGAGCAUAAGGGGUAUUGAUGGUCUGGUAAACAUUCAAAUACUGAAGAUAAUUGGGUGCCCCAAGUUGGAUGCGCUUCCCAGCUUUGCACAUUUAGCUUCUCUGCGAGAAUUUGAACUCAAAGGUUGCCACGGAGUUAAGAAAAUACAUGGUAUGGAACAUUGCAGAGCAUUGGAGACGCUGAGAGCAGAUACAAGAUGGGAGAAGGUGGGUAUAGAAACUUUGGAGCGCAUGGAAAGACUAAGGAAUGUGGACCUCAGAGCAAUCAGCAGAUCAGGCGUUGAUGGUUGCAUUCAAAGCAUGCAGGAUUUGCAGAAAUGGCCUAAGAAAGAAAUAAUAGUUUGCACGCGGGCGCUCCCUGAUGCGGUCACACGUUUAAACUCCUUUGCCUUUCCCAGUCUAUCCGUCAUUGACUACUCCGCUAACCAGAAAAUCAAAUUGUCCUCCAAAGACCGCUGCAAUUUGCUAUGUUUUGUUGUGAAUUGUGAUUGCCCAGAACCGAAUUUGUCGUCCCUGGUGUUGGGCCCGGAAGAAAUUAUAAUCUCUCAGACGGAUUUGGAGAAGGGUAAAUGGGUAUGGAUUGCUCUCUUCACAAAACAUUCCAGGUUGCACACAUGGGAGCAGGAAAUAUUUCAAGUCAAUGAAGACAGAUUCCAAGAUUACCUUGAAGCGAAACAUUGGACAGGAGAAAUAAAGUUUGACUCAAAAGGUAAAGUGGAGAAAAGAUUACUUGUGACAGGAGAAGAGGAGAGAGUUGUGGAGGCUUUCCGCCAGUUAUUUGUGCUUCUAUCAAAUUAAUGUUAACAAUAUUGGUCCACAUAUCUGUUAAAAUAGAUUUCUAAAAACUAAAAAUUAUUCUUUA